AUGCUCCGCCUCCGCAGCUCCAUCCUCACCCAGGCCCUCUACUCUUCCUCCGCCACCCUCCCCAAGAACUCCUCCCUACAUUAUCGCCACCUCUUCGCCACCGUCGCGGCGCCCCUCAACUCCCCAAGCCCUAGCAUCGGCGUCGUGGACUACAAGUACCUCGUCGACACCUGCGGCCUCACCUCGAGAAGCGCCUCCUGGGCCUCCACGAAGCUCUACCACCUCAAGUCCACCUCCAACCCCGACGCCGUACGCGCCUUCCUCGCCGACCUCGGCCUCCCCGGCGCCCACGUCGCCACCCUCAUCGCCAAGGACCCCGAGUUCCUCUGCGCCAAGGUCGACAAAACCCUGUCCCCCAAAGUCGCGGAGAUCGCCGCUCUCGGCCUCUCGCGUCCCGACAUCGCGCGCCUCCUCGUGCUCGUCCCCAGGCAAUUUCGAAGUAAGACCAUCGUCUCCAAGCUGCAGCACUACCUGCCCCUCUUCGGCUCCUACGAGAACCUCCUCUGGGCUCUGAGGACCAACGCCUACAUUCUCUCGCCCGACCUCGACAAGGCUGUCAAGCCCAACACCGAGUUCCUGCGUGAGUGCGGGCUGCGCGACGCUGAGAUUGGCAAGCUGUGCGUUCGCGUGCAGUGGAUGCUGACCUCCAACCCGGAGCGUGUCCGGACGAUGGUGGCAAUCGCCGAAGGUACUCUAGGUGUGCCCCGUGGCUCUGGGAUGUUCGCGCAAGCGCUCCAGGCUAUCGGAUUCCGCACCAAGGGGAACCUCACCGCCAAAGUUGACUACUUGAAGAACACGUUCAGGUGGUCGGAUGCUGAGGUGGCCAUUGCUAUAUGUAGGGAUUCAAUGUUGCUGUCGAUGCCAAAGGAUUUGCUGCAGCGCCGAGCCAAUUUCCUCAUCUCUGAGGUGGGGGUGGAACCGGCAUACAUUGCUUCUGAUUUUAAUUUUAUGCUUUACUGCGCGGAAGCCCAGGUCAGAGCCAGGCACUAUGUUGUGAAGUUUCUAAAGGAAAAUGGAUUGCUCGAUCCAGAGUGGAGCCACAAUACGAUUGUCACGAUGUUUGAGAAGGUAUUCGUGGAGGAGUUCAUAUGCCCUCACAAGGAAGCGGCGCCACACCUCGCCGAAGACUAUGCUGCCGCUCGCAGCGGGAAAGUGCCUGAUAGAUUUAAGAACUUUCCAUGA